CCUCAGUGCUUCACAGUCACACGGCCACCGAGUGUCUGAGUUACACACACUACGCACACGGGACACGCUCACAUCCAGACCGCCGCGCAGCUCGCGCACACUCACGUACGGCGUAUCAUCGACGAACCGCACACGCACGCACACGACACACACAGACGCACGCUCGCGCACAAAGAUACAAAGAAGUAUCGCGCAACUUGCAGCUGAUCAGUCGUGAUCUCACACAUUCUCAUUUCUCACCGAGUACCUACUGCCUUUCUCUCUCCAAAGCUGAGACGCACACAGACAUGUCAAUAUGACGGCUGUGACGGUCGAAUCUGUGAAUAACAAUAAUUAUAACAACAACAACAACAACAACAACAAUGAAAAUCCGUGCAAUAUUUUCCUCGUGCGCCGACGUACGUCGUAUUACCGUUUUAGACACAAUUGAGUCGUUGAGCGCAAUGUAGAAGGCGGACGACUGUGCGACACACAUAUAUGUAUAUAUAUAUAUAUAUAUGUAUGUACCUAUAUAGAAUUUGUUAUACAUAUAUAUAUAUAUAUACAUAUAGCGACGAGAGAAAUUAGCACAUAUUCUAGACCAAGCGUUUAGAGUACAAUGUCUUCUCCUAGCAAACAAUCAGUUGUAGAGGACAUUGUUUCUGUUUUUGAAACAACUCAAAAUCAGACCUGGUCCGUGUUCAGCGAUAAACUGAACAAUGUUUCCAACAAAAACUCAAAGAAAAAAUAUCCGGCCAAAUCAGAGAACACAAUUACUUUAUCUACUGACGACAUUCCUGUAUUUGGCUUAGUCCCUCGACUUGAUAAAGUAAUAUUAGUUUCAUGUAACGAAUGUGAAAUGAUAGUGAAAAGAGAUUGUUUACAUAGUCAUUUUUAUCGCCGUCACAACAGUAGUAACGUUAGUCAUUCAGAAGCUGAUAAGUUUUCACUAGUUAACUUUUUAUGCACUGUAAAGACCAAUAAAAAUAAAAAACUAAAAAUGACUGUUCGAAAGCCUUCUGAAAAGAAAAUAAAUGAACGUGAAAAAGUUAAUACUGCCGUAAAAGAAAUAAAAACUGAAUUUGAUGAAGUAGAAUAUGAAAGAUUAUUAAAAACAAAUAGAGCAAAAAUCAAACAAGAAAAUACUACUGAAUAUGGUGAUCACCAUGAUGUUGAUAUGGCUAAAACAAGUUGCAACCCUAGUACUGGUUCUAGUGUUUAUGAUUGGGAUGUUAAACCAUGUAUUAAAAGUUUAGUUUUAGAUCAGUGUACUGAUCAUAAAGUAAAUGACAAAACUAUUGAGCAUGAUGAAGAUUCUAAUAAAUUAUCGUCUGUAUCACUUGGUAAUAAAGAAGAUAAUCUACCAAGUAAUAAGUAUUUAGCUAUUCAGAACAUUGAACACACUGUUAAUUAUGUAACUAGUACUAGUGAGUUAUUGAAACUAGAUGGAAUUGAAAAAAUUAAACCUAAAGUAAAUAUCAAACUUAUUAAUGGUGGUGAAGUAAAAUAUUAUAAAAAAAAUCACCAUCAAAAUAAGUACAGAAAAUCUCCAUAUAAAAUAAAGAAUAUCAAAGAAGAAAUUAAAUUAACAAUAAAAAAUGAGAAUCCAGAAAUCAUAAACAGUAAAAAUGAUAAAGAUAUUUCUACUGUUUAUAAUCAAUCAUCAAAUACAUCUGCAGCUGAUGUCAAAACUAAAUAUUAUAAAUCAUUUUCUGGAUUACAAAAUGACUAUGAACAUACAAAACCUCUUCCAUGCUACAAACCUUUAGAUGUAAAAAGUGAAAUGCCUAUUGAUUCUGCUACUAAUUAUUAUCAACCAACUGAAUCACCAAAAAUCAAAGAAGAAUUUCAAAAUAUACCAAAUAAUAUGUAUCCAGAUGUGAAAAUAAAAGAAGAAUUUCAAAUUACACCAAAUAAUAUGUAUUCAGAUGUGAAAAUAAAAGAAGAGAUUCAAAUUAUGCCAAAUAAUUUAUAUCCAGAUGUGAAAAUAAAAGAAGAAUUUCAAAUUAUACCAAAUAAUAUUUAUCCAGAUGUGAAAAUAAAAGAAGAAUAUGAUGAAAAUAAUGACAAAUGUAAAGUUGAAUUUUACCAAUCACCGACUGAAUUAACCAAAUGUUCAUCAGACAAUAAUCAUUCUGAAGCUAUAAGUAAUACAUAUUCUGGUAAUGUUGAUGGUAAUCUUUCAUCAAUUGGCCCAUGUAGUGUUGUUGGUAUUAAAGAAGAAACAACAUUUAUGGAAAGCAGUGAAAAUAUUAUAAUGAAUAACAAAAGUUCUGAUGAUACUGUUGUUAGUAACAAUCAAUCAUCAACUGCAUUACUAAACAUUAAAGAAGAAUCACAAUAUUCAUCAAUCACUGACCUUCUUAAUGAAGAAUCAAAACCUUCAUUUACUCCUGACUAUAUUAAUGAAGUAUCAAAGCCUUCGUUAAUCACCGUCAGUACAAAUGAAGAAUCAAAACCUUCAUUAAACACCGACUUUAUUAAAGAAAAAUCAAAAUACCCAUUAAUCACAAACUAUAUUACUGAUAGUUCUCACACUAAAUAUUAUCAAUUAUAUACAGAUCCAGUUUCACAACUGUCACCAAGUUAUAAGUAUUUAGAUGAUGAACUCAAUUUACAAGGUGAAAAAAAUUUGAGCAAUGAACUCAAUUUCCAGAUUGAAGAAAAUUCAAACAAUCGGCUCGAUUUGAAGGUUAAAGAAGAUGUGAACUAUGAACCCAAUUUCCCAGGGGAAGACCUUUUAAAUGAUGAGUUAAAUUUGCAGAGUGAAGACAGUUUAAGUGAUGAACUCAAUCUGCCUGUUAAAAAAUAUUUGGACAAUGAACUCAAUUUACACGAUGAUAAAGAUUUUAAUGACAAAAUCAAUUUUCAGAGUGAAUUAGAUUUGAUUGAUGAAAUUGAUUUAUCGGAUGAAGAUGAUUCAAGCGAUAGUAUCAAUUGGCAAAAUGAAGAAAAUUUGUUCGAUGAGCUAAAUUUUCAAGGCGAAGAAGAUUUGAAUGUUGAAUUAAAUUUGCAAGGUGAAGAUGAAUCAAGUAUGGAAGGUGAUUAUCAGGAUGAAGAUGAUUCGAGUGAUGAACUCAAUUUGCAAAGUGAAGACGAUUUGGCCAAUGGAUUAAAUUCUCAGGGUGAAGAAGAUUUGAAUGUUGAACUCAAUUUGCAGAGUGAAGACAGUUUAAGUGAUGUGGAAAAUGUAAGUAAUGAAGAAGAAGAUCUAAGCAAUGUAGAAGAAAUGAGUGAUGGAGAUGAUUCGAGUGAUGAAGAAAACUUUAGUGAUAAAGAAAAUUUGGGUAAUGAUAAUGUUGGAACUGAUGACAAUUUAAAAUAUAAUUCUCUAAUACCAUCUCAAAUACCAAAUAAUGAAGAAGAAACAAAACGUAUACCAAGUAAAGAGUGUUCUGUUAUUGUAAAUAAUGAAAGUCGUAAUGUUGCUUUUACUGGUUAUGACCAAUCACCCACAGAAACACUAGGCAAUGAAGAAGAAUCAAAAGCUAAAUCUAAAAUAAAUGAUGCUUGUGUUAUGAUUGGUAAAGAUGGUAUUGUUAACAACUUUGAAAAUGAAUAUUAUCAAUUGUAUUGCCACGAAGUACAAACAUCAUUUACGCCAAGUUACAAAUAUUCAGAUGUUAUAAGUAAUGAUAGUUCUGACAAUUCUAAUGAGUCUUUAUCAAGUUAUGAUCAAUCAUCUGUUGAAUCAUUAGAUGUUAGUGACAAAACAGAUUAUUCAUCAGCCGAUAAUUCUUCAGAUUUUUCGAGUAGUGAUAGUUCGCAUGACUCUGAAUGUACUACUCGUAGUACUUGUAGUAGUAAUCAAUCAACUAUUAGAAUAAAACGCAAGUCUACUCGAACUAAUUUAUUAGAACAACAUGAACAGUUUAUGGAUAGUAUUGCUACAUCAUUUAGUCGUGUAUAUGACAGAAACAAUUGUACUCAAACCGAUGUACCAUUGGAAUGUAUGAAUUGCUACGUUUCUACUAUAGAUUACAUUGACCGCCAUAGCACUCAAAUUGAUGACAAUUCUGCUCCUAUUAACUCCUCUAAUGUUCAAAUUGAUGAAUAUGGUGUCAAUAACUUUACUCCUAUCAGUUCAAGUGCUCAAAUUAUAAAUAAUAAGAUCAUUCCCAUGGAUGUUGAAGACUAUGAACUUAAGUAUGGUAAUGACAGUGAUUUUAAUAUUUCAAAUAAAUCUCAAUUCCAUACACAUCCUUCUAACCCAGCAAGUAAAAAUAACAAUUUAAUGCAUAAUCCUAUCAAUGAAAAUAAUUGUAAAUUAUUCAACGAUGAACUUAUUGCAUAUAAACCAAACGAGUAUAUUACAAUUAAUGAAGCAAUACCAUUUAUCGACACAAACGAAGAAAUGUAUAAAGAACUUAUGAAGAUGGCUGAUAAAAAAAGUGUUAAUGACAGAAAAUGUAAAAUAAUGCCAUUUGCCAGAAUUGCAAAGAAUAUAAAGAAAAAUUUAAAGAGACAAGUUGCUGAUAAUAAAGAAAAUCGUCUUCAUUUCAUAUCAAGGGGCAUUAAAAAAUUCAAAGUUGAAUUUAUAGAUAGAGAUUUCUCAUGCCACGAAGAAGCUAACAAUAAUGAUAAUGUCGAUGAUUAAAAAUAUUAAUUUUAGAUAUUUUACUAAGACUUCCUUAAGGUCUCAUUAUAUUAUAUUUAUUUGUUCCUUAUUUUAAAAAUAAUUUUUAAUCUUCCAAGAGAAAACAAUAUAUGUUGCCUAGUAACUAGUUUUAUUUUUGUCAAUAAUUAUUUUAUUAAUAUAAUUUUUUACUUUCUUUUUUUAUAAAA